AUGGAAUUCAAUAAGCCAUCCCCUCUAAAAAUGACUGGUAAUUUAAUUGACAACUUUAAAAUGUUUAAACAAGAGUUUCAAAUUUUUUUUGAUGCAACUGAAUGUCACAUGAAGAAAGAGGCGACUCAGGUAGCGAUCCUAUUAAAUUUGCUGGGACCAGAUGGUUUGAAAGUCUACAAUACACUUAAAGUGAAAAAUGAAACAGUGUGUGAAAUUUUAAACGCACUGGAAUGUUAUUGUAUUUCAAGAAAAAACGAAAUUAUGGGACAGUACUUAUUUUUUACUCGUAAUCAAGGUGCUGAGGAACCGUUUGAAAAUUUCUACACGGAUUUGAAACAAUUGAUCAAAACGUGUGGUUUCGAUCAAUUUGAGGAAAAAUUGCUGAGGAUUCAAAUUGUGCUUGGUAUUUCAAACAAGGAUGUCCAAACUAGUUUGUUAAUGGAGGACCUCCCACUUGAAAGAGUGGUGAAUGAAUGUCGUGCUGCAGAGCAAACUGAGAGCAACAGAAGAGUCAUUCGGGAAGACAAUACCAAAUUAUUGUUCAACAUGGAAACAAGUCAAAAGCCAAAGUAUGGAACAAAUUCAAAUGGUCGGUCUACACAGGAGUCAAAUUCUAUGUCAGGUUAUACAAAUUGUUAAAUAUAAUAAUGCUUCUUUUUAAAAAAAUGUAAUUAUAUUGUAAAUAAUUGUACUUCUUGUGGUAAAACAGAUUCGAGACAAUUGAUCAAAACGUGUGGUUUUGAUCAAUUUAAGGAAAAAUUGCUGAGGAUUCAAAUUGUGCUUGGUAUUUCAAACAAUGAUGUCCAAACUAGUUUGUUAAGAGAGUACCCACCGCUUGAAAGAGCGGUUAAUCAUUGGCGUGCUCCAGAGCAAACUAAGCUCAACAGAAAAGUCAUCCGGGAAAACAAUACUACGAGUAAAUCGUUGUUCAAUAUUGAAAUAAAUCAAAAGCCAAAGUAUAGAACAAAUUCGAAUGGUCGGUCUACACAGGAGUCAAAUUCUAAGUCAGGUUAUAAAGAUGUUAAAUAUAUUAAAGCAUUUUUUUUAUGA